CAAAUGAGACGGUUAACAUUAACCCAGUUCAUGAACCAACCUCACCACCAUGAAAGCUCUCUCUCAUCAACUUCUUCUCAAGCAACGCAAAAAUUCUUUUGCCCUUCAAUUCAAACGUCAACACCAACAACUACCUGUAGUAGUAGCCACUCUUCCUUUGUGUCCAAGCAAUCUUUAAGCUCCCACCAACACCAGGAGGAUCAAAACCUGAGGACCAUUCCAUGCUGUUUUAUUUCUUCCAAAUUUUGGGGCAGACUAAGACUAAUGCUAGGCUGUGGUGAAGUUUCUCCAAUGGCGACCCAAAGGGACUCAUUUCACACGCCCUUGGAGAUUAGAAGGAAGAAGUUUAGUGAGCAGCAAAAGAGGGAGCAUCUUGAAAGAGAGGUCUCUAUGCUUCAAAAAAUGUUGAAUCAAGAAGAAAAUAUGCAUGAGGUUUUGGAGCAUAUCCUUAAUCAACAUAAUGGUUCUGCUGUCAGCAUCCCGAACUUCCUUCCUCCUAAGAUAAAGCAGCUGUUGGCAGAGUUAGCCAUGGUUGAGGGUGAGAUACUUAGACUUGAAGGCCAAAUAAGCGAACUUCAAAAGAGUUUGAAACUUGAGAAGGAUGCCGCCGAAGAAUCAAAGUCCAAACAACGGAAACAUGGAACUCUAAGCAACCGUGUGGUUCAUUCAUCACCAACAACAAACACAAACCCCAUUAACAAAGUUGGUAAUGAAACGAUGGCCUAUGAGACCAAAGCAUUGCAUUUCAUAAGUAAAGCUAUAAAAGGCGAUUAUAAUCUCAAUGAUUUCACUAUAGCUGAGAAAUUGGGAAAUUCAAGAGGAUUUGCUGAUCAAAAGGAAAAUCUUCUUCAUGAGGCUGUUAAAUUUCAGGACAAGAUUCCAAGAAAAAGUGGGAUGCUGAAGCCAUCCUCACCCUUGCGUGAACCACGACAUCCAUCACCCAAGCUAAAAGAACGUAAUCCACCAAUUCUUUUAGACCUCCCUCCAAAAUCUCUACCUAAUGCAAACCAAUCAGAAGAAGAAAACCAGCAAUGGCAACCCAACAAGCUAUCUGAGAGCAUCUUGAAGUGUUUAAAUGUCAUAUAUACGAGACUGCUUAGAACAUCAAGAGCAAUGGAGUUGGAGAAGUUAGGCCCCGUUUCAAGGUCCAUGAACGCUUCUUUUAGCUCAAGAAGCUUCAGGGCCGAGACAGGCUUAAAGUCAAGCCUUAUACAAAAGGAAUCAAGGCAACAAGACCCAUAUGGUAUCUUCAACAUGGACGAGUCUAUUCCUAGGGACAUUGGUCCUUACAAGAACUUGGUUGUAUUCACGUCAAGCUCUCUGGACCACAAGUUCAUAUCAAGCCCCAGUUCUAUUCCUUUGCUAAGAAAGUUGAGGGUUUUGUUGAACUCUCUCCAGACGGUGGACUUGAGAUUCUUGACUAACCAACAGAAAUUAGCAUUUUGGAUCAACAUGUACAAUGCUUGUAUCAUGCAUGGAUUUCUUCAAUAUGGUGUGCCUUCUACUCCAGAAAAAUUGCUUGCAUUGAUGAACAAGGCAACCCUUAACAUAGGAGGUAAUAUUAUAAAUGCUCAAGCAAUAGAGCAUUUUAUAUUGAGAAAGCCGGCUUCUUCUGGUGUGAAAGAGGUUUAUCUUCAGGGUGACAAGGAUGAUAAGGAAGCCAUUGUUCGCGAACUUUAUGGACUUGAAUCAAUGGAACCAAAUGUCACAUUUGCUCUGUGUUGUGGAACUCUUUCAUCUCCUGCCGUAAGAAUGUAUACAGCCGAUGGUGUUGUUUCUGAGUUGGAAAAAUCAAAGCUAGAUUAUUUGCAAGCUUCAAUAGUAGUGACUAGCACAAAAAGAAUUGCAUUCCCAGAGCUCCUGCUUCGAAACAUGCUUGAUUUUGCUGUAGACAUAGACACAUUGGUGGAGUGGAUUUGCCACCAGUUACCAACAUCUGGGUCAUUAAGAAAAUCAUUGGUGGAUUGCUUCAGGGGACAAAACAGUGGCAAGAUAUCUAGCAUUGUUGAGAAGAUACCAUACGACUUUGAAUUCCAGUAUCUGCUGGCUAUAUAGACUCCAUAAUUUUCAUCUCUAGUGUUGGUCCAUUCUCCAUAACAAAUAACAAUAUAUAUAUUAGGAAAUUAACUUGGUCACGUUGAUUUUUUCGACUUUAUUUUAUAAAUGUCAUGGGAGAUUUUUUUUUUUUUUUUUUUUUCAUGGGAGGGAUAUUUUCUUGUUACCAACUCAUUACUGGAUUUGCCUAGAACUAAGUUGACCUCGAUCGUCCUCAAUAUUAAGUGGUCAAUGUAUAGUUAACAGUCGCUCUCAAAAUGAAUAGUAAAUAUGCGAUUGGGUUUUGCUUAAAA